AUGGAGCGACGGGGGAGUCCUCCGAAGCAUAGACACGAUGGGACUUCGCCUUUGCCUUUGGGGAUGGAUUGGAGCCCUCCACCUAAAAAAUGGAAUGGGAGAGAUACAAUUUGGCCACAUGAUCCAAGAACAGGAUGGAGUUACUGCAUCACAAUCCCAACAUGGGUUGUCCUUCCAAAAUCUAGAGACUCAGAUCCUGUUGUGUUUUAUAGGGUUCAGGUUGGUUUACAAUCUCCUGAAGGGGUCACAACAACACGAACAGUAUCAAGAAGAUUUAAUGAUUUCUUAAGAUUGCUUGCUGCUCUUAGGAAAGCAUUUCCCAAAAAGAACCUCCCACCAGCUCCACCAAAGGGACUCUUGAGGUUAAAAAGCCGAACUUUAUUAGAAGAGAGGCGUUGCUCUUUGGAAGAGUGGAUGACAAAACUGCUAUCAGACAUUGAUAUAUCAAGAAGCAUUGUAGUGGCAUCCUUUCUUGAACUUGAAUCUGCUGCAAGAUCUUCAUUCCAAGAUGAAAAUCCACAAAUUGGAGAAUCAAGUGCCACUGUAUCUUCUUCUCCACAUAUUCAUCCAAAUGAAUCCGAAAGCACACCAGAUUACAACAGUGACACUGCUUAUGAUGAGACUUCAGAAAUUGGAACCUCAAGAGACAACAUAUCAGAAGAUUUAUCUCUAGAUGAAGAUUUAGUGGGCCCACUAGAAAAGCUAGUCAAACAUGGUGUUUCAAAUAUCGAUGAAGGCUUAUUAAUGGGAAAUGCAAUUCUAGACCAAGUUGAAGGGUAUUCUAGGAAUUCAAAUCAUUCACGAGAGAUUAACAUGAAGGGUAGUAGUAGUAAUAGUAGUGAGAAAAAUGGGCAACAACAAAAGAUGAAUAGGGUUGUUGUAAGUAUGAAGAGAAGACUUGGAACUGCAAAAACAGAUAUGGAGGAUUUGAUUUCAAGAUUGAAUCAAGAAAUAGCAGUUAAAGAUUAUCUUACAACAAAAGUGAAGGAUUUGGAGGAGGAGCUUGAAACUACAAAAGUGAGAAGUAAAGAAAAUCUUCAUCAAGCAAUUUUAAUGGAAAGAGAAAGAGUUACUCAAAUGCAAUGGGAUAUGGAAGAACUUAGAAGGAAAUCACUUGAAAUGGAGUUUAAAUUGAAGUCUCAAUCUCAACAGUAUGAAAAGGUGGAGGAAACAAAAUCUGUGAUUGAAGAAAAAGAUGAGUUGCUUCAGGAAUUGGAAGAUACCAAAAGUAAACUUGAACAAGUAUCAAAGAAACAUCAAGAAUUAGAAAUCAAAUCAAAAGCAGAUGUGAAGAUUCUUGUGAAAGAGGUUAAAUCCCUUAGAACCUCACAAGCUGAAUUGAAACAGCAGCUUAAUCAAUCACUUAUCGGGAAAUCAGAGGCAGAGAAACUAGUGCAACAAGAAAAAGAAAGAAUGGAAGAGGAGAAAGCUGGUAGAAUGAAGCUGCUUCACGAAUGUGAUGUUCUUCAAAAACGCCUAAAAGAGUGCAGCAUGAAUUUGGUAAUAAAUGGAAGUAGUGAGGACAAAUUAGUAAUUUGUUCUCCAUCUGUUGAAGACGCUUUACAACUUGUGAAAAUAUCUGAUGAUCGAAUGGAAGCCCUCCUUGCACAGGCGCAGAUGUUAGCAGAAGAUGAUAGUUUUGAUGAUGGCGACAACCCAACAAAUAAUAAUAAUAAAAAACUUAGGAAAAUAUUAUCGGAAAUUCUGGUGGAUAAUAUCACAUUGAGAAGACAAGUGAGUCUUCUUUUUGAUGGGGCCCUCAAAACAGGCGUCAUAACAACAACAAAAGACAUGGAAGUCUCAUUGGAUAAAUCUUAAAAAGAAAAAAAAAAAAAACAUGAGGUUGGUUGGUUGGUUGGUUAGAUACAGAAGAUGGAAGUGUACAUAUACCACAAAUAUAUAUCAUA